AUGUCACUGGAUGACAUUGACGUCGUGUCAACAAUGUGUCAAACCGUCCGCGAUAACGACGAGGUAGACGUAUGGCUCCAGGGAGAUACCAUCAACGAGUUGUCUCCCUUCUCGGUGUUGCUGCCCAAAAGCAAGAAAAACGGGCGCAAAGUGGACAUUACUAUUGAAG